GCUAAACAAAAUCAAGGAAAAAUAGGUGUUUGGAAAAAAUAGGUUAUCAUUGAAAUUAUAGGGCCUGUCAUUUGACUUCUGUUGUCUCUCCCCUCAAUAAAUAUUUCCUCCAGUUUCUUCAUAUGAAACACAGAGUCUCCACCUCCUUUUUGAAACAUCUGUCUCAUUGUAGGAGAGUUAGCUUCCUACAGAAGCUCUGGUGAAAACAAAAAGAAAAGAGAGAUGGGAAGGGCUCCUUGUUGUGACAAAGCUAAUGUGAAGAAAGGGCCAUGGUCUCCUGAAGAAGAUGCUCAGCUGAAAGAGUAUAUAGAGAAGAAUGGAACUGGAGGAAACUGGAUUGCUCUUCCUCAAAAAGCUGGUCUCAGAAGAUGUGGGAAAAGCUGCAGAUUGAGAUGGCUGAACUAUCUCAGACCCAACAUCAAACAUGGAGAUUUCUCUGAAGAUGAAGACAGGAUCAUCUGCAGCCUCUAUGUUACCAUUGGUAGCAGAUGGUCAAUAAUAGCAACUCAGUUGCCAGGGAGAACAGAUAAUGAUAUCAAGAACUACUGGAACACAAAGCUGAAGAAGAAACUCAUGGGGGCGGUUCCUCCACCUCAUAAUUACCACAGAAAAGUUCACCAACCCUGCAGUUUCUCAGCUCUUCUUCACCAAGCAUCUUCAUCUAAAUCCUCAUUACCAUCACCUCCAUUGUCAUCAUCCUCAUCGUCAUCGCUAUCAUACACUCCCAAUUACUACACCCCUUUUUCAGGUGUGGAUACCAUUGCAUAUUCUCCAAGCAAUUUCUUAAGCAGCAACAGUACCACUACUGCUUCCUGUCUUCUCCAAACCCAGGAGAGUUUAUUGGGUCCUAUGCAGCAUUACCAAGUCAAAGACAGUGUCCUGAUGUUUGGAGGUGAAACUAGCUGCAGUUCCUCUGAUGCAAGUUGCAGCAACAACCAAAUCAGCCAUGGGAAAGAUCAAUUAGACCAUGACUAUCAACAAUAUGGUGAUCAAAGUCAACAAAUGGGGAUGCAGAAUUACUUCUACAAUGGAGUUCAGGAACAGAAACUCAUGGUUUCUUCAUCAAAUGUGUUAUGGGGUGAUCAAGCUACAUUAGACAAUGGACUCGAAGAGAUCAAGCAACUGAUUAGCAGUACUGCAAAUAGUUCUGACAGUUUUUUGUUGGAUGAAAUCAAGAUAGAAGAAAAAGUCAUGUACUACUGAUGCUGACUGAGUAAAAUUAAAAAGAUUUGAGGGAUAUGAGGAGGCAUGGGCUCAAGAUCCAGAUUCAGACUGAGUUUGUUUGUGUGGAUAGUAUAUGGUAAAAAAGGGAGAAAAAAAAAAAGAAGUUUUCCUUUGUGCAUUUCUUUCUGGUGAAUAAUGUAUAAUGGAUGUGUUAAUGUUAGUAUCAGUACAGUUUGCUGCAAAACUCAGAAUAAAUGUCAUGGAGACUA